ACCACAUUUUCACUUUUGUUUAUUUUAGGUGAAUAGUUCAAAGUAAUCAAGUGUUGGAUAGAAAGUUGGAAUUGGCGAAAGAAGAAAUACAUUGAAGAUGUUGGUUUUGUUGGGCAGAAUUUCAUUCUUUACUGCUGCUGUUGGUGUUGGUGCUGCAGUGGGUAUUUAACUUUCCGUUGAUUUCGCUGUUUCUGCUGUGGAGCCGCGCUUUAAUGGCUUCUUCUAAUCCACCUUCUUCCGCAAUCGCCGCACUAUGGAUCCAUAACAGUGACUGAGAGGCCAUACAACAAACUGUUUUCCCACACCCAAAUUAACCAAACACAGAAAUUCCACAUUCCAUUGUUGUAACCUGGUAUAAAACUCCACCCCCUUCUUUUCUCUCCUCUUCCUUCUUCACUGCACCCCCAUUUUCACUUGGGUUUCAAACAAAUCAAUCUUCCCGCUAACCCAUUUGAUUUCUCUCUUUUCCCCUUUCUGGGUCGACCCAGAUUGCUUCUUGAAAUCUUUAUUUCUCCCUAAUGGUUGCGAAGUUGCAGUGAUCCGCCAUGGGGUGUGUGAACACGAAGCAGGCCGUGUCCGUCACGCCUGCAUUCGAUCACUCCGGCGUGUUUCGAGACAAUGAAUCAGUGGCGGUGGGGAACUCGGGUCGGAGCCGACUUGGGUUGGGGGAGAUUGAGAAGAGUUCGAAGCCGAAGGCUAAGAUGAAGACGAAGGGGUCCAGUGAGUUUAAUGGGGUUGGGAGCGAGUUCGGUGAGUCGGGAAGGGCGAGUUCAAAUGGCGGAGGGAAUGAGACUUUAAGCUUCCGAUUAGGGAAUUUGAACAAGUAUAUGGAAGCUGAACAAGUUGCGGCGGGGUGGCCGGCCUGGCUCAGCGCUGUCGCCGGUGAGGCCAUUCAAGGUUGGGUUCCACUCCGGUCUGAUGCCUAUGAGAAGUUGGAAAAGAUUGGACAAGGUACAUAUAGCAGUGUAUUCCGAGCACGUGAACUAGAAACGGGUCGGAUCGUUGCUUUAAAGAAGGUUCGAUUCGACAAUUUUGAGCCUGAAAGUGUUAGAUUUAUGGCACGAGAGAUCAUGAUUCUCCGCAGGCUUGAUCACCCUAACAUCAUCAAAUUGGAGGGCUUAAUUACGUCUCGUUUAUCAUGUAGCAUUUACCUCGUGUUUGAGUACAUGGACCAUGACAUUACUGGACUCUUGUCCUGCCCUGAUAUCACUUUUAGUGAAUCACAGAUUAAAUGCUACAUGAAACAAUUGAUAUCCGGGCUUGAGCAUUGUCACUCACGUGGUGUAAUGCAUCGGGAUAUUAAAGGAUCUAAUCUUCUAGUCAAUAAUGAAGGGAUAUUGAAGGUGGCUGAUUUUGGAUUGGCAAACUUCUGUAACUCUGGGCACCGGCAACCUCUAACGAGUCGUGUUGUCACUCUAUGGUAUCGUCCUCCUGAACUUCUACUGGGUUCAACAGACUAUAAUGCAUCUGUGGAUCUUUGGAGUGUUGGCUGUGUUUUCACAGAACUUCUAGUUGGAAAACCUAUUCUUCAAGGAAGAACAGAGGUCGAACAGCUACACAAGAUCUUCAAGCUUUGCGGCUCCCCUCCUGAUGAAUUCUGGAAAAAAUCUAAACUUCCUCAUGCCACUUUGUUCAAGCCACAACAUCCCUACAAUAAUUGUUUACGUCAGACCUUCAAAGAUUAUCCUUCAACAACUGUGAACUUGUUAGAAACUCUUCUUUCCGUGGAACCAUACAAGCGUGGAGUUGCCUCGUCUGCUCUCACAUCUGAGUAUUUCAGUACGAAACCGUACGCUUGCGAUCCAUCAAGCAUGCCAAUAUAUCCACCUAACAAAGAGAUUGAUGCGAAACAAAGAGAGGAGACUAGAAGGAAAAAAGGUAGUGGAAGAACCCGUGGACUUGAUAACAGAAGGUUAACGCGAAAGCAUCUUGGAAUCAGUAAAUUGGCACCAGCAGAGGACUUAUCAGUCUCAGCUCGAGAUUUGCACAAAAUUAGUAUUAAUGCACAAAAUCUUAAAGAAGAAAAGGUUAUCAGAGGCGUUGAGGUGCAAAAGCUGUCUAUGGAUAAAUUGGAAGAGACCAUACAUGUAAAGAAUGCAUCUCAAGGAGACAUUCCCUUCUCUGGUCCCCUACAAGUUUCAACAUCAAGUGGCUUUGCGUGGGCUAGACGACGAAGAGAUGAUGCCUCUAUUAGAUCUUACUCCAGAUCAAUUUCGAGAGGACACCUAAUUAAUGGGCUGGAAGAUUCUACUACAUUGCAUUCGGGAAGCAAUUUGGACUCUAAGUUUCAUGAAAAGGUUGACAUGUCGUCCAUCAGCCGAUCAAGUUCCAAGGGCCAUGAAUCAAAUGAGAGAUCGAAGGUUGUGAUAAGGAACCAGUGGGGCAAGUUUGAGCGUCCUGAUUCAUUUGAUACUUCAGAUGAGUACCACUCGCAGGAAUUUGCAGCGGCACUGUAUAUGCAAGAUGAACUGGAAGCUAAGAGGAAUAAUCUGACUUAUCAGGACCAAGUGGACAAAGUCGAGUUUUCUGGGCCCUUGUUAUCUCAAUCUAGCAGAGUGGAUGAACUGCUAGAUAGACACGAGAGGCAUAUCCGACAGACAGUUAGAAGAUCAUGGUUCCAAAGAGGUAAAAAUUGAUUUUGCUUAUCCGUUGGAAAAACUCUGAAGAAAGCACCCAGAAAAGAGAUCUCUCCAGAUUCAAAAUGACAAUCACCCAAUAAAUUAUUGAUUGCUGAAGAUUUCACAGCAAUAAGUUCAUAACCAAGGACGUGAAGUCAUUGCUGUUCAAUACCACAAUAGAAAUACACACGUCGGAACGUCGUGACGAGAGCAGAAGCAUUUGGAUGAUCAAACUUGUUGAUUUCUUUCCAAACAGCCAUUUUUUUUUUUCUUUUCUAUGUAGUUCCUUUUUUUUUUUUUUUUUUUUUGUUAAAAAAAAAAGAUAAAUGUUGUAAUGUAUAGAGUAGUACUGAUAGAUGAUGAGAAAGUAUUACUGUAAAUGUUCCUGAUUUGUAAACAUGGCAGUGUACUUUAAAGAUGUUAUCGUUCUUGAAAGCAUU